CCAAAUCAACGUUAGGAUUGUCACAUGCCUUUUGUAAAGUUUGCAACAGAGACUUCAAAGUUGACCACGGUGGCCUUAACGAUGUCUCCAAACAUGCUGGUACUGCAAUUCACCAGAAGUCCUUCAAUGCACAGAACAUCACCAAGCCUGUCACACACUUUUUCGUUGGACCACAAGAUGAAGGUACUAUCAAAGCUGAGGUGAUAUGGUCCAACUUCAUAGCACAGCACAACAUCUCCUUUCUACUAGCAGAUUGCUUCACAAAGGUGUGUAAAGCCAUGUUUACAGAUAGCAAGAUAGCCUUAAAGUUUGCAUGCAGCCGUACAAAGACUACUCAGAUCAUCAAGAAGUCGCUUGCACCUACUCUUCAUCAAGAGGUUGUCAGAGACCUGCAGACCAAACCAUUUUCCAUGGCCAUUGAUGAGAGCAACGACCGUAACUGUGACAAGUCUCUUGCCAUUCUAGUUUGCUACUUCACUGACUAAGCAACAACCAAGUUCCUUGCCAUGCCAAUAUGUAACAUAGGAAAAGCAUCUAACAUCUUUGACCAUCUUCAGGAAGUAUUUGUUGACAACAAUAUACCCUGGGAGAACUUGGUUUCUUUUGUGUCUGACAACUGUAGUGUCAUGACUGGUAGACACAACUCAGUAGUAACCCGCAUCAAAGAGAAGUGUCCAGCUGUGUUUGACUUUGGAUGUGUGUGUCAUCUUGCCAACCUUUGUACUGUUGCUGGUGUGAAGGCCCUUGCUCUGCCAGUAGAAGACCUCCUAGUGGAAGUUUACUUCCACUUCUUUCACAGUUCCAACAGAAAAGAAAAGUAUAAAGAGUUUUUGGAAUUUACAGACACAGAACCUAGCAAGAUCAUCAAGCACAGCAGCACCAGAUGGCUUAGUUUAGAAAAGUGUGUUGGGCGUCUUCUACACCACUGGUCAGCCCUUACUUCCUACUUUAACUCACAUGACGAGGUGGAGAAGCCAGGCCGUAUAAAGCGUUGUGCCAACUACCUCAGUGACCAUGAGAUGCACCUGUACUACCACUUCCUAAGCUUCAUACUGGAACCACUGAACCACUUUAACACCAUGUUUCAAGCUGAUGAGUCACGUAUUGGUUUCUUGAGCCAGGAGAUGACAGUCCUCCUACGUACUUUCCUUGGCAAGUUUGUAAAAGCCAGAGUCAUCCAGUCACACCAAGACUUGACAACAGUACCCUAUAGUGACACAGCCAACCAACUUCAAGACAACAUCCUAGCAGUUGGCCUCUAUACCCGUACCUACAUGGCAGACCACACAGAUGACAUUAGCCCAUCAGUCCUUGCCAAAUUCUUCAAGUCUGUCAGAAGCUUCUACAAUGUAGUUGUGGCCAAGAUGUUGGCAAAGUUCCCUUUCAAGGACCCAGUUGUUUGUGGCUUAGCCUUUCUAAACCCAUCAACCAGAGGUGACCUCCCUUCAUCAUCUGUAACAGUUGUAGCUAGAAGGUUCCCAUCAGUUGUUCCUGAGCACCUACUUCAACAACUAGAAGAAGAGUUUACAGCCUAUCAGGUCACACCAUCAUCAGAACUGCCAACCUAUACACCAGAUUCAACCAGAGUAGACCAGUACUGGGGACAGGUGUCCCAGAUGACCAACAGAAUUACUGGAACACCAAGGUUUCCUCUCCUAUCCAAGAUUGUAUCAGCAGUGUGCACAAUUCCAAAUUCAAAUGCUGAUUGUGAACGUACAUUUUCCAUGCUUAAGAAGAUUCACACUGAUACCAGAUCAUCAUUAGACAAUUCCACAUUAUGUGCCCUUCUGACUGUAAAGCUGAACACAAACAGUAAGUGCUAUUCAUUCCAGCCAACAAAGGAACAGCUCAAGACAGCUAAGCAGGCCUGCUCAUCUUACAACAAAGACUGUGCUUAAAAAAUACAUGUGAUAUUGAACUGUAGUGCUUAAUUAUAAAAUAGUUGCUUUGAACAUUUUUAACUGUAUGAACUUUAUAAACUCUUGAACACUUUUAACUAGUGCUGUAUGUGUGCAUGAACCUUUAAUAAUCA